UUUACAUUUCUCCAAUCCUCUCCUUCCAAUCCCCUCAGGCAAGGCAAAGUCAAACCAACACCCUCGCAACACGCGCGCAGACAGUCAUACAAGGACCUCGUAACCAUGUCUUGGCAAAGCUACGUCGACACCAACCUCGUGGGGACGGGCAACGUGACGCAGGCGGCCAUCAUUGGUCUCAAGGGCGGCGUCUGGGCGUCCAGCUCUGGCUUCACACUCACUGCCGAAGAGCAGUCGGCGCUCAUUGCCGGGUUUGACGACGCCAGCAAGCUCCUAGAGGCCGGCAUCUUUAUUGCAGGCAAGAAGUACUUUACCCUCUCGGCAAAUGACCGGAGCAUCUACGGAAAGGCCGGGGCCGAUGGACUUGUAUGCGUAAAGACGAAUCAGGCUGUCCUCAUUUGCCGGUACACGUCGCCAAUCGUGCCGGGUCAAGCGACCAAGACGGUCGAGGACCUGGGCGACUACCUUAUCAACCAGGGCUACUGAGCGCAGCGGAUCAAGCUGCCGGAGCCACGGCAGAGCGCUCGCAUCACCCAGACACUUGCAACAAGACGAGCGCUCUGCCUUGAAUCACUCUGCAGUUGCCCAAAGGAGAGAAGGAAUGAAGCUGGGAGGGCACUUGACUAGAGGG